GCUUUAUAAAAAAUAAAAAAGUUUGCCCUCUCUUUCAUUCCAAGGUUGGGUCUCCUCUUGGAAAGUAACUACACACAACCAUUCAUGGCUACCUCUCUCUCAUCUCUCCUCCUGUUCUUCUUCUUCCUCCUCCAUCCAGUCCCCUCCACAGCGAACAUUCAUAAAGCCAACAGCCUCCUUGCUGAACCCGCCUCCACUAUUGCUUUCAAACCCCUGGAUGACACCCCACCAACUGUUUACUUUGAAGUAACUAAACCCAUCAAUGUCCCUAAGGUUGAAUCUUGUGCUUACACUAUUCUCCAGCAAGAUUUUGGCUAUACAUAUGGCAAACCUCCAGUUCUUGCCAACUACACUCCUCCCUCUCAUUGCCCAUCUCAUCACUUCUCCAAAAUUGUCCUUGAAUGGAAUGCAACUUGUAAAGGAAGGCAAUUUGAUCGCAUUUUUGGGGUUUGGUUAGGUGGGGUAGAGCUUCUCAGAAGCUGCACUGCGGAGCCAAGAGCAACAGGGAUUUUUUGGUCUGUGCAGAAGGACAUAACAAGGUACUAUUCGUUGCUUGUUAAGAAUGAGACCCAAGAACUUGCUGUUUAUGUUGGUAAUCUUGUUGAUAGUACCUAUACUGGGGUCUACCAUGUGAAUAUAACUCUUUAUUUUUAUCCUGCUGACGAGAAAUUGAGAUAUUACGAGGAUGGCUUGAAUAAUAUUAAAGGUGCACAUGGUUCUAAGGCUGAUUUGAUCUUACCCUUUUCAAGAGAUCUGCCAUUGAAUGAUGGAUUGUGGUAUGAAAUUGUGAAUUCAACUGCUACCCAGUUGAAGAAAUUUAAGAUUCCUCAAAAUGUGUAUAGAGCUGUAUUGGAGGUUUAUGUUUCUUUUCAUGAGAAUGAUGAAUUUUGGUAUUCAAAUUAUCCUAACGAGUAUAUUAUUGCGAAUAAUCUUACUAGUACCCCUGGAAAUGGUCCAUUUAGGGAGGUUGUGGUUAGCCUUGAUGGAGAGAUUGUUGGUGCAAUUUGGCCUUUUACUGUAAUUUAUACGGGUGGGAUCAAUCCUCUCCUGUGGAGACCCAUUACUGCCAUUGGUUCAUUCAAUCUCCCUUCUUAUGAUAUUGAAAUAACACCAUUUUUAGGGAGUUUACUGGAUGGCAAGACCCAUGAGUUAGGUUUUAGUGUCACCAAUGCUUUGAAUGUUUGGUACAUAGAUGCCAAUUUGCAUCUUUGGUUGGACCAUAAGAGCACAAAAACUGAAGGAAAAGUUUUGACACAUGAGAAUACGCCUCUUGUUUUUUCUUUGAUCUCCAGUUUCAAGGAUUUAAAUGGGACAUUCUUAUCAACGGCUAGGAGGUCCAUAUCCUCAAAGGGAUGGGUAAAGUCCUCUCUUGGGAAGAUCACUACCCGUUUUAAUCAAAAUUUCAGUUAUAUCAACUCAAUGGAGCUGGGUGAUGAUGGGAAUUUGCAAAUUGUGAAUCAGAAAAUUAAUUUUAAUGACAGUGUUUCUUUCAGAAAGCUUACCUCUUCUGUUCAUUCAUUCAGAUCAUUAAAGGACUUCAGUAUUGACUUGUACUCAAACUUUUUGGAUCAAGGAAAUGGCACUUCCUUUUAUGUAACAAACCUCACACUGGGAUUCAAUGAGAAGAAAUCAAAAGAUGCUGGUUUUAGAUUUGGCACCGGCUCACUCAAAAAUCUGCAGAGUGCGCAGGGUUCUAUGGUUGUAGAGAACAACUUGGUGGUCAGUGGAGUUGGAAGUACACAGCAGGCCUACAAAUAUGAUGAUGGUAAGUUUUGCUACUCAAGGGAUGUAAGCAGCUCAAACUACACCAUUAUUGCUGACAAAGUAAGAAAUAAAUGCAAUAAAGAUGAACAGUCUCACCUUGGCUUUGGGUUUGGCAAAUGGUGGCCAUUUCUUACUUGAAGGGCUUCUCUAGCAUCUGAGUUACUGAAUAACAUUGGAGUUUAAUAAUUUGCUCAGUUCUUUCUUGAUCGCUUCAUGAAGGAAUUCAUUUUAAUAGCUGCCCUAGUCCUAGAGAUGUCUCAUGUACUGUAUUUAUGGUGGCGGCCAACAGAGAAACAGAAACAUCUUACUUGCCAUCUUAUUUGCAAUUUAAAACAGCCUGGAUCUUCCCCUUGGUCAUAGGCUGGUGAUUUUAAUGAAAUUCUUUACCCUGAAUGAGAAAAAGGGGGCUUCCUAGAUCAACUUAGGCUAUGAAUGGUUUCAGGAUGCUGUGACGUGGCGUGAGUUUAAUUGACUUAGGUUAUGUGGGACAUGAUUUUACAUGGUCUAAUGGUCAAGAUGGGGUUCAGAAUAUUCAAGAGGGGCUGAAUCAUGGUUUCGCCAAUCAGACUUGGUGUCUCAUAUUCCCGAACAUGCAGAUCCACUUUUGGUUAAGGCUGUAAGAAGAGAACCUGUAAAUAGGCCUCCAGCAUAGAUGAUGUGCCAGGCAGGAAGGUGUAAGGCUGUUUACAGAAAGCUUGCCAAGAAAUAUGCAUCCUUUAGGGAGAGGUUGAUGCAUGUGCUGCAGUUUUGGGUUUUAUUGGAGCACCUUGGACAACAUAUAGUGGAAAAGGUACAACAUAGACUAUUAUGAAGAGUUUGUGCCAUACAACACCACAUGUUGAGGGCUAUUUUCUCUCAUCUGGCUCAGGCAAUAGCUGAGUGCAUUGUUUUUGAAGCGGAGUCUGGGCAUGGGUGGACAGCUACCAUCUAGCAUGUGGGACUGUUGCUCAGAGCCUUCUAGUGAACAAGACAGCUUGCAUACAAUGUGAACAGAAGUGCAAAAAUUAAGUCAAGAGUUUUGGUUGAUGAUUAAUUUCCAUAAGCAUCACACCUAUGAUAGAAUUGCAUCCCACAACUCAAGAGGCAAAAUUUCAGGCAUUUUUGUGGACUGAAAAACGAGGAAGCAAGCAUAUAACACAGAAACAUCAUAUGGGUUGAACUACGUGUAAGAGUACAAAAAACAAUGGAUAUAUGGAAUUGCAUUUUCUGCAUUUCUGAAAUUGCAAACUAUUCAGUAUAGUUAGCAGUCAGAGCCUUAAAACACCAGUUGUUCUCUACGUUAAUGGAAAUGGUGUCCUUCUUGAGCGUGUAAAAGGAACUGGAGUUGAUGUGAUUGGGCUAGCUGGCUAGACUGGAUAGUGGAUAUGUCAGAUGGAAGGAAGUGUUCUGAUAGUGGGAUUAGCGUGCAAGGAAAUCUGGUCCUGCUUGCUUGUUUUCAAUCUUCGUUCAUUGACUGAUGAAAUUGAAGAGUUUGUGAACUAAAUUAAAAUUAUGUGAUCUAACUUACUUUCCCCCACCAUAUUCAGUAAUGUUGCCUGCUGAGAGUAUACAAAUUCAGUGUGUGUGCGCCCAGGCUUAUUUUUUAUAGGAAUGAAGUCCUUAUUCUUCAAAUUUAGUUUGUUGAAAGUCUUUUUGAAUUGAAAUUCCUUUGUCAAGUUUACUUCUCUUUGUAAAGAUCAAUUGCUUGAAUUAGUUUUUUGUAUUAGUGGCUAUAUACCUGGUAUAACAAGAGAAAGUAAAUGGUAAUCUCUAAAAGGAUGUAAUGUGUUUGAUUGAGCUACUACACAACUAUAUUGGAUAUGACUUGAGGGAAAAGCAUGCCAAAACAGGACAGUGUUUAUGUUGAUAAAUCUCAAUGGCUUAUGGAUCUUGCAGUUAUACUUCUCUUUGUAAAGAUCAAUUGCUUGAAUUAGUUUUUUGUAUUAGUGGCUAUAUACCUGGUAUAACAAGAGAAAGUAAAUGGUAAUCUCUAAAAGGAUGUAAUGUGUUUGAUUGAGCUACUACACAACUAUAUUGGAUAUGACUUGAGUGGAAAAAGCAUGCCAAAACAGGACAGUGUUUAUGUUGAUAAAUCUCAAUGGCUCAUGGAUCUUGCAGUUAUAGCUCUGAGUAAAAUAAGAAAAAAAAUUGAUUUUCCAAAAUUCUAAAUCUGAUGGAUUCAUAUGUUUUUUUUU